AUGGACCAACGAACCCGCUUCGAAGCAAAGCCCGAAGCGGUGAGGAGGCUCUUCGGGUCGCGGCGUCCACCUCCAGUCGUCAUAAAAAGCAUAAUGCUUUUCCUACUAUUAUUUCUGUUAUACAAUGGUGCUACUUUUAUCUCUGUUACUGCGAUUACUUGCUACGAUGCCAAGAGUUAUAUCAUAGGUACUACUACAACUAUUAUUUAUGUUACUAAGGCUAUUCCUGUCACUACUGCCACCACCACUACUACUAUACUACUAAUCAAACAGAAUAUGGUAAACCUACAGUCACACAAGAUCACCCUUCAGUCAUACGAUGUUAAACUCCAACCAGACAAGCUCGCCCUCAAACCUUCCAACCUCACCCUCCAAAAUUCCAUCCUCACCCUCAAACCUUCCAACCUCACCCUCCAACCUAGCACCUCACCCUCCAACCAUCCAACCUCACCCUCCAACCAUCCAACCUCAACCUCCAAUCAUCCAACCUCACCCUCCAACCUUCCAACCUCACCCUCCAACCUUCCAACCUCACCCACCAACCAUCCAACCUUCCAACCUCACCCUCCAACCUUCCAACCUCACCCACCAACCAUCCAACCUUCCAACCUCACCCUCCAACCUUCCAACCUCACCCACCAACCAUCCAACCUCACCCUCCAACCUUCCAACCUCACCCUCCAACCUUUAACCUCACCCUCCAACCACACAAGGUCACCCUUAAAAUCACAGACGGGUCAAAACCCACCCGUAUUUCCCCCUGCUUGGUAA